GGUUUUCUCCGCUGCGCAUUGGUAGUUGGGCUUCUUCGGUGUGAAAGGGGUUUGAAGUGAAUUUUCUCGACGUCGACGGCCCACGGAAACGGCGCUGGAUUCGCUGGCAAGUUUCAGUUUUCCUCCGCAAACGACUUCGUUGGGCUUCGAGGGCUGGUUGUCGGAUGAAGGUGAAAAGUUGCUGCGAGUGUUGCUGCGGAUCGGCCAACAACCGUCUUCACCAUCGCCGUCGUCAUCAACCUCCUUCGGGAAGGCCGUUGAUGAUCACCAGUCUUGUGCUAGUGUCAGUGGUGAAAAAUUGGCCAACGUAGAAGAGGAAAACAAAAGGGAAACCCCUGAAACGGUGCGGAAAAGCAGGCGCUGUCGCUGGCAGCCGUUCCAGCCAUAGACAGACCGUGUGCAAGUGUGGCUCGUCCGUGCGUGCGUGUUCUUGUGUUUAUCUGGCCUUUGGUGUGCUUAGAUAGACAAAGGAGCAGGAAGAGUGCGGAUGCGAGGGAAGUUGGUGGCCGAGAGUGAGCGCGCGGUCGACACAUCCAUAUACGCGGGACAAGUGGCACAGGCAGGAACGAGACGGAGCGAGAGUGAGAAAGACAGCAGCAAGUGCAAGCGGGAAGGCGAUAGACCCAUCGGAGAGCGGAGCAGCAACGGGCAGUGGUGUUGUGUAGGGCUGUGCGGGAUUGUGAGUAGCGCGUGAUAAUAGGAGGCCUCCAAAAACACUGCCGCCUUGUGUUCCUUCUUCCGAAUGGCCGACAAUGGUGCCGCUGCUGCAAAUGUAAAGCACAGUGACGACGGUGGUCGGCAGCUCGAAAGUUCACUGAAAACGCUCAGAAAAAUGUUCAACCCAAACAACGGCGCCCAGGGCGGCACGGCCGGAGGCAGCGGUGGCGUCGGCGGAGGCGCUGGCGGCAGCGGUAGUGGCACAGCUGGUUCGGCCGCGGCCACUGCGGCACCAGUCGAUCGUCUGAAGAUGCUCUAUCCGAACGUCAACGAGGCCGUCGAUCCGCUGCCCCGCUCCUGGAGCUCGCAGGACAAGUGCAGCACCAUCGGACUGACGCAAAACAAUUUACGUGUUCACUACAAAGGAAUUGGCAAAUCACACACGGAUGCGGCCUCGGUGCGCACCGCGUACCCGAUACCGGCGGCCUGCGGUUUGUACUACUUCGAGGUGAAGAUCAUCUCGAAGGGCCGCGACGGCUACAUGGGCAUCGGGCUGACACACACCAACUUCAAGAUGAACCGGCUGCCGGGUUGGGACAAGCAGUCCUACGGUUACCACGGUGACGACGGUAACUCGUUCUGCUCGUCCGGUAACGGCCAACCGUACGGACCGACCUUUACCACCGGCGAUAUCAUAGGCUGUGGCGUCAAUCUGGUCGACAACACGUGCUUCUACACCAAGAAUGGCCACCAUCUGGGCAUUGCUUUCAGAGAUCUACCGCCCCGGUUAUACCCGACCGUGGGGUUGCAGACACCGGGCGAAGUGGUCGACGCCAACUUUGGGCAGGAACCGUUCAAGUUCGACAUCGAAGACAUGCUGAAGGAGCUGCGCUCCGGGACGAAGGCAACGAUCUACAACUUCCCCCUACCGGACGAUCAGGGCGAUUGGACGGUGAUCUUGCACAAAAUGGUUUCCUCCUACCUCGUGCACCACGGGUACAGCUCGACGGCGGAAACGUUUGCCCGGACCACGGGCCAGGUGAUGCAGGAAGACAUGACAUCGAUCAAAAAUCGGCAAAAAAUAAUAAAACUAGUGCUUUCCGGGCGAAUGGGUCAAGCGAUCGAACAAACCAUUCGCCUCUAUCCGGGACUGCUAGAGUCGAACCAAAAUCUGCUCUUCAUGCUAAAGUGUCGACAGUUUAUCGAGAUGGUAAACGGAUCUGACUUUGAGCUCGGUACACCAUCGUCCCGCACGAGCCCGGUUCAAACGUCGGUGAUACAAUCAACAAAAAGCUAUCAGAACGGUAACACCAUUAUUCCGGAUGGCAACGACAAUCAUGGAUACUUAAAGAAUAACGUCCUCAGUAACAAUAAUGCCAGCAAUAAUAAUGGCACAUGCAUCGAAGAGGACUACUCGAACGACGUGGAGAUGGAGAACGGCCACAGCAAUAAUAAUAGCGCCACGAAUGGGUACAAAAAUGGUACCGCAGGGCGACCCGGGGAACCGCCCGGAUCGGCCGACGCCGAGGACGACGUGGUGGACGAAACGAACGAUGUGGACAGGGACGAAGAUAUGGACGUAGACUCCUCAUUAUCGCCAAAUUGUAAGACGACGACCAGUGCAGCGGCGGCGAAGUCGGGCGUCGAACGUAUGCUAGAGUUCGGCCGGGAGCUGUUCCAAAUGAGCCAACGUCUGGAGAAGGAGCAUGGUGUCAAUGAAACUAAUCAAAAAAUGUUGGAGGAUGCAUUUAGUUUAUUAGCCUAUUCGAAUCCGUGGGCGAGCCCUCUCGGAUGGCAGCUGAGCCCGUCGCGUCGCGAAGCUGUGUGUGCCGCUCUAAACUCUGCCAUAUUAGAAUCAAUGAAUUACUCCUGGCGGCCGCCACUGGAGGUGUGCAUAGCGCACUCCAGCGAACUGUUGCGUCUCAUGUCCAGCUCAUCGCUCGGUGCGUGCGCCUUCGUUAGCGUCGACGAUAUACUUGCUCAGCAUCAGCAGCAUUGACUACGCCUGCAGCCUAUAGCGCCUUACACCAGCAGCCAGCUAAUGGAACGUCCCGUGGAGCGGCAUCGCCGGGCAUAAUAUCUUCUAUUCGAAUAUCUGGCAGACUUUUUUCUCUCGAUCAUCGGCGGGGCGAGACCAGUGCGUGAUCCUUCUGGGUUAAGAGACGACCAACGAACAGCGGCACAUCUAUGGAAUAGGGAAAUUGUUGCGUUUUGUGAGAAGGAAAACCUACCUUAACCUGUUCAGCACAUUGCCAUCCGCGCCAUGUUCACGACCGUUUACUGCUGCGUGAUAUGCAAAUCCUAUUUUUGAAUCAAUAUAAUUUUCUCUGGUAUCGGGCAUCGUAUUCCCCAUCAAAACACAUACACAUCACAUUACAACCCAGCAUAUAAGAGAGCCUUUUCAGGAGGGAAGCGCCAACGUGGACUGCUUCUACCAACGAUCGUGCCCCUCGUGAUGCUACAACGGACGCGGAGCGGUCGAAUUUGUAAAUGUGUUCAUAUAUUUUUUUUUUGAUUACCUUCAAAUCGUGAGACCGUUCGAUGGCGCGCCACCCUUUGGCCGUGUUUGCUUCUUGUUGCUACUCGAUCAGUUCGGUUCACUUGCUGCUGCAACCCUUGUUACGUUACCUUACAAACCCCGUGGCGGAUGAUGCUGGUUCCCAAGGUCCCCUAGAAACUGGCAAUAAAAUUCGGCGCCCCACGGGGAAUGCGCGAAGGUACUCGGUGUGGGUAUUAUGGAAUGAACGAAACAGAAGGCCGAUAAACUGAGUGAGGAUUCCCGUGAUGAGUGAUAAUAACGAAGCAUAAAAACACACCUGUGGAAAGCUGGAACCCGGAUUGUAAUAUAAGAGCAAACAAAUAAUAAUAUCUAAUUAAAAUUAGCAAUUAAACUGACCACACAAACCCGAGCAAGAAGAGGAGGGACUGUGUUGUGUUGUGCGUGAUCGACCAGAGAUAUCGACGACGGGCAGACGACGGGGCGUAGAACGGAAGCAAAUCUCAUGUAAAUUGAAGGAAAGCAACGAGAAGAGCGAGGAAGUGGAACAGAUUACAGACAUAAGUGACUAUUAAAGGUACAUUAGGAAGAGUAGCCGACCGAAAAGUGGAACUUGCUUUGGGGCGCGCGCCGAAUGAUUCGGUUAGAGGCGAUGUGUAGGGCGUUAAUGUAGCGAAAUAAGUUCCAGAGUGUUGCUUGCCGUAUUUUCCAAGCUCCUUGUUUUAACUGCAAAUUGCCGGAGUUAUAUUUUCACGUGUUGAAGGCGCAUUGGCGUGCGGUAACGAAAGGGACACUUCAAUCGGUACCAAUUUCAUCCCUCACGACGAUAGGGCAUUGGAUUUCCGACGCUAGAUCGAGACUAGAAGUUUUGCAACUCCCAGCACGACUAAAGAUCUCAUCUCUUCGUAGUUUAACCGAGCUAGGGCUUUUUAGGACGAGUCGUCGCGUGCGCGGAACAAAACAUAAAUCGGAUUUCAACGACACCAAUAGCGUACUCUCUCGAUGCCUGGUGCAUCGAGCUUACGGAAGUGGUUUGCGUUCGCUUCCAUGAUCGAGCUCUCCUUGGCGUAGUUAGUAGAGCCUCUUUCGGCGGUAGGGCAAGACUUAUCGCACGACAAGCCGGGGACGAGAGGCCGGGAAUUAGAUGCAAUCCUGUGUUUCUCGAUAUUCUUUGUUCACACAAUGUUACCCAAAUUUAGCUCACAAGAGGGGGUCCCCAAGGGGACCCCGAACACGCGAAACUUUGCAAACCCCUUUAGUUCAGGGCUCAUCCCACGCUCCCACAAACGUUGGCAUGUGCAAUUAUAUUCUGCAGUGCGGCGAAAGAUGAUAGUAGAAGCGUUUUCUAUUCGUUCGGCACACACUCCCCUUGCCGGCUGGCCAACCGGAGAACGCGUUGUUAAGGACUAACAGGAAAGAAUCGUCACUAGCGUAGAUCACUUUGUGCAUAUACCAUUACUCGCUGAUCUUCGGUUGGGGCGAUUGUUGAUUGUUGAAUGAUGGAUGAAAGUAACGGCGACGAAUGGGUCGAAGGACACGAACGAGCAUUCGCUGGUCGCAAACCGAACACGUUGUACUAAAACGCGAAACAAAACUGGUAAUGAGAAGGCUUAGUUUGUUAAGGUGUGUUAGAGGUACGAGUUUAGAUUGUGUAAAGAAACACGGGGGGGAUCAUCGUCGCUUCAUACAGUACACAGACAAUGAGGAGCGUUCAUUACCACCCACCCGCAACCCCACCGUUUGCGGCCCUUUCUCUGUAUCUGCCCUGUUCGCUGCAAUCGUUAAAUGCUUGACCUGAUCAUCUCUGAUACUACUGAUUCCUUCAGAUCAGCACCACUCCAUUCGCUCUGCCCACUAACUUCUCGUUCCGGGCGAAAACAAUGCGUCCACAAGCGAAGGGACGUGGCCAAGGGAUGAAGUACACGCACCUGCGAGUGUAAGGACUAGGCUGUAAGAUUUAAGAUAUGGAUAUACACAAGAUCCGUGGCCCCGACGGACGAGCAGCAGGGACGGAUUUGCGGAUAAUAACAAAAGCGUGGCCGCAGAGACCACCGUAGACGGCGAGGGCGAAGGCUACAGUUAGGUAACAUUUUUUUGAGAAAUCACUGUGAAUAAUCAAGGAGCAGCAGCGCGCGCGCAUACCGGUACGAUAGGGGAGCCCCGAGUGGUUACAUCGCAAGCUCGCGGCCGAAGAAAACAUAAUAAAAACAAGUAAAAUAAACAUUUAAUU